UUUAAGAUAAAAAAGAAAAUACCACUGAACACCAUGUGGAUUGCCAACUGCAUGGAUAUAGUGGGAGAUGCCAGCAUCCGUUCUGGGAGGUCCUUUGUGUUGGGCUGGCCCACAGUAAACUUCGUGGCCACCUUCAGGGCUCUGAGAAAGACUACCAGCUGUGGGAGAGUUCUGGCAAGGAAAAACUUCCACUAAUUGGACAUGAACAUCCCUAUGGAAUUAAAAUGAGCCAUCUUCCAUCUACUAAACUGCUGCCAAAGGAACCAGAGGACUCCACCUCUCCUUCCACAACUCAGGAGUCCCUCCUUCUGGAGCAGAGGAUCACAGAGAUGCAAAGCCAGCUGAUCCUGAAGCCCAGGCAUCGAGCCCAGAGCAAGCAAGGGAGAGAUUCAGGCCAGAAGACCAUGAAAAGCAGUGCCUUCAGAAACUCAGCCUUUUGCCUAUUUGCUGGCACUUGCCAGAACAACCAGUGCACAGCUGCACCUUCUAAAAAACCAGGACAGCUCUUUGGAGUUUCCCUCACAGAUAUCUGUGAUAAUGACAGCUUGCUCUUCCCAAUUCUGGAUAUGCUUUCCUUUAUUAAUCGGAAAGGACCACUCAUGGAAGACAUCUUCAGAAAAUCAGCCAGUAUAAAAUCAUGCACCAUCCUAAAGGAGAAACUAAAUUCUGGGGACACAGUGAACUUGGAGAGCGAAUCUGUUCUUGUGGUAGCAUCUGUUUUAAAGGAUUUUCUUCAAAAUGUCCAAGGAAGUAUACUGUCAUCUGACCUCUAUGCUAAAUGGCUUGGUGUUAUUGAUGAAGCGACCGAGGAGGAGAAAAUAAAUGCAGCCCAGAGGUUUCUCUUGUAAAGUUUUUGAUUGAAAAUUGCCUCAAGAUAUUUGGAGAAGAUAUCAUUUGUCUCUUUGGAGAGAAUUCAGUGAGUUGUGAUAACAAUGAGAGGCUGCAGUGAUAGAAAAACCACCUGUUGAAUCCAGCCAGUGAGAGUGAUAGUGAUUUCCAAAAAGGCACAACUGCAGAAUGAUACCAAGUCCCCAUCUGGCAUGGGUCCAUCCACCUACAUGUCUACAGUUUACUAACUCACUGAAGACUGGAAUCUCCAUAAUGACACUUGACACUUCCUUUUUCUUUAUUUUGCCAAUGAAUGAAAAUGAACCCUUUCCAAGACCCAGCUAUUUCCAUUUAAAGCUUUUUCCUGGGUCCCAUAUAUUCAUAUUGAGGAUAUCUUCCUACAGAAUAUCUCCUCUAUCUUCAAUGUCUACCAUAUCUAUCAUAUUACAUACUUUUGUGUUGUGUUGUGUUGUAUGUCUUUAUAUGGAUAAUAAAAAUCAUUCCAUAACUCA